AUGUCACUCACGGCCGUGAAGGCUGAUGCCGCCGGGAUCGGUGUGGUGGGUGCCUGCGGCACUGUUGCACUAUCCGAGUCCCGGGAGUGGGCACCUCCGCCGCCGGGCAAGCGUUGCGCCACGGUGACUAUGCUCCUCGCCCAGCGGAUUGCACGCAACGCUUGCUGGUCAGUCGACGAGGAGCCUUCGUACAGUGCGAACAAGAUGAACGUCUGGCAAACGCUCGAGUAUCUCUCCGGGCUGAGUCUUCGCAAGAAGUACAACUACGAGGGCUUCUCGGACACCCAAAAUGUGAUCAGAACACUAACACCAUCCUGGCGAAGGGAUAGCUUCGCGGAGAAGGCAAAAGCCGAGGAACUGACCGGUGGAGCCGUCGCCUCAUCGGUGAAGUAUCCCGAGGAACGCUCCACGAGUGCUCCUUUGAUUGCUGUCGAGGAGCCGGCCAUUAGCACAAGUUUCCAGAGCAGUGAUAACGUCGCAUUUGGUGCCCGAUCCGGAGCGAAAAGUCCAUCCGUACACUUCCGAAAGCAUCGCGGUCGGAACCGGAAACGGAAUGCUCCGCACCUGGAUCCCGAAUACGCUCUCUCGCCGGAGGACUUGCAGGAUUUGGUCAAAUGCAAUUUCAAUUUGCCGCGCAUUAGCGCCCGCUUGGAGCGUCUGAUGGGCACCAAUGUGGUCAAGUUGACGGACCGCGCCUACAUGAAGGAGCUCCGGGAAAGGAUCGACGAGGAUUACCGCAAACAGCUGCUGUCCCGCAUUCGCGCCCGUGAGUUAAAAGAAGUCGAACGCGAGCGAAUGCUCAUUAUUGAGGGCAAAUCAGAUGUGAUACCAGACGAACUGGCGGACGAUCCCAUAUUUAUGGUCAACAAAGAUGCCAACAUAGAGAUCCAGAAAGAGCGCUCCAAGUUAAAAACCGCUCGUGAAAAGAAUGCGGAGCGUUUGAAGCUGCAGGGCGUUAAAUGGGAGCGAGAACGCCUACAACACGCUGCCAAAGAAGCCGAAAUUUUGGCCAAGAAGCGCGAGCGUCAUCGCCAGCAGAAAUUGUUGGUGGAACAGUAUAGAGCUGAGGACGCGGAAAGGGGAAUGGACCUGCUGCGCAUCGACAACGAGGACUGGCGGGAGUGCGAAAAGAGCCUUAAGGAGUUCCUCGAACAGGAGCGUGCCAAAAUGAAGGAGCGUUCGCUGCGAGUCUCUCAGCCCUUCUCAUCGGAUCCGCAGGAUAUACAGAAUAUAGUGAGGGCCAGGCAAAAGUUCCGGGAGACGGAGCUGCGCAUUCGCAACCAACUGGAGGAUAAGUUAAAGGAUGUGAAGACGGCAGUCACCACCCAACAGCUCACCGAACUCAUCGAGGAUGCCCAUCGCUCCAGCGUGGAACUAGUAAGGGAGCCCUCGGUGGAGGACAUCGAGUACCAGGGCGAGGCGCACUCCAAGUACCUGGACGACGUGACCGACGUCUCCGAGGAAACGAUCAUCAGCGAGGACGCCAUCAGUCUCACUCUGGCCAAGCAGCAGUACGCCGAGGAGCUGGAGACCGAGAUGGAGGACGAGUUCAACCGGGGUCUGCUCAUCUCCAAGCAGCAGUACGACCAGCUGCGCUUCGAGGACGAGAAGAUUGUGGCGCUCAGGAAUGCCAAGGACAUUCGCGAGCUGUAUCAGCUGGCUGAGGAGAUUAUCAUGGGCGAGAUCAUCGAGGAGGAGCCAGAAGAAGCCGAAGAGGAAGCGGUCGGCGAGGAGCAGGACAUGGAAGUCACUUCGGACCACGACGCGCUGGAACCAGUUAAUGCCUAAAACCGGAAGAUUUACAAGUUGCAACGUUUCAACAGUUUUUGCGAGUUUUACAAAGUUUGGAAAAAUACUUGGUUACUUUACCAAGAAAUCAAAAUAUUUCACCAAACUAUGCGAAAGUCCGUUAUGUUGAAGGCCCUAAGUUUUUUUGUCGCAAUUGUUAACCAUCGAAAGAGGAGCAAAUUCGAAAAACGUCAGCGCCACUGUCACUCAAUCUCAGCGCUUAGGUUGAUAACUGUCAAUAGGGUUUAAUUAAAGCUGUAACGAGGUGAUAGUGCCCGCAUGACUACAAUGAUAAUAAAGCGGCCGAAAAGUCCAAAAGCAAA